CCGGCCCGGCCCGGCCCAGGCAGCCCCGCGGCCAUGGCGGCGGAGAGCGGCAGGGCGGCCGAGGCCUGCGUGGGGCAGGUGGUGCUUCCCGGGGACCUGCUGCUGCUGCCCGCGCACUACGAUGAGGACGCGGAGGGCGAGCGGCUGCGGCUGAGCACGGGCGCGGCGCCCGCGGGGCGGCUGCUGUGCGGGCCGGGGCUGCGGCGGAGCGGGGCCGGGCUGCUGGUCACCAAGUGCGGGCUCCUGCGGCACCGGCCCGCGGGCCCCGGCGCCUACUGGGUGGACUCGCAGCAGAAGCGGUACGUGCCGGUGAAGGGUGACCACGUCAUUGGGAUCGUGACGGCCAAGGCGGGGGAUGUGUUCAAGCUGGACGUGGGCGGCAGCGAGCUGGCGUCCCUGUCCUACCUGGCCUUCGAGGGCGCCACGAAGAGGAACAGGCCGAACGUGCAGGUGGGAGACCUUAUUUAUGGUCAGUUCCUCGUAGCAAAUAAAGACAUGGAACCAGAGAUGGUCUGUAUAGACAGCAGUGGAAAAUCAAGUGGAAUGGGAAUAAUUGGACAAGAUGGCUUCCUCUUUAAAGUUUCCUUAGGUCUAAUAAGAAAACUCUUGGCUCCCAAAUGUGAAAUAAUUCAGGAGUUGUCACAGUUAUACCCAUUUGAGCUGGUGCUGGGAAUGAAUGGAAGAAUAUGGGUAAAAGCAAAAACAGUUCAACAGACUUUAAUUAUAGUAAAUAUUUUGGAAGCCUGUGAGUAUAUGACUGCAGAACAGAGAAGACAAGCACUUGCCAAAUUAUCAGGGAACUGAUGAGAGAAGACUUUGAGGAUUUGUUUGCCAUGACAGUAGAGUGUUUUUGUUAUUUUUGUAUUCGGAUUUAUAUUAAAAGCCAUUUUUUAAAUGAA